AUGAUGCUCUACACAUUUAGUGGAAAAAUUGUCAAUACUUGUAACUUACCUCACUGUAGGAGCUUGUCCACAAGCGAACAGAAAAAGGAUAAAAAUAUAGCAGUUCCAGUUUUCGACAUAAGGCGUUUCAGCGCUGUGGAACUCAUUACGGCACGCUACGAGCAGCAGGCCCACCUCAAAAAAGGAGGAGCGCUCAAAGCCCGGCGGUUAGCUGGCGCGGGUAGUAAGCUAGCUGCCGAUGACGGCCUGGCGGGAACAGUUCGCCUGCGCCGCGGCCUUCUUCAGAAACCGGAUGACGAGGGCGACAUCUUUCCCUUCCAGGACGUGUGCAGUCGGACCUGUCAGGAAAGCCCCUGGAGGAUUGUGGGCACAAAUAAACUUAUUAGGGGCCGUUCCAGUGUCGCCUUCUGCGUAAAAUUGCAGAACAGGAAGACCUGCACGGUACGGAAUAUGCUGAGUGGUGAUUAUGAGUGGCAUUCGCAGGCGACAUGUGGUUGA